AUGGGAUCCACUUCCUGCACAGGCCCAGUUCCUCCACCGCGCUCCAAAGAAGCAACGUGCGGAUGUGGCUACGGAUACUACGCCAAUGAUGGAGAAGGGGACUGGGUCCCAGGCUGGAAGGUGAGAACUGGAGUGGCACCCCCACGACCCGCCCAGAAGCCAGUUAAGGUUGAAAGGAAGGCCCAGAACGAAGAAGAACAGGAGAAGCUGCAGUGCGAGUGCUAG